GAUAAGGUCUCCUUCCUUCGUCUUCCUUCUCUCAAAUUCCGAAAAAACAAAUCCUAAAAGCUCAGAAAAAAAACUUCCAAAAAUGCCGGGGAAUUUAGAACCGUUGGAUCUCGGAAUCCAAAUACCUUACCAUUUCAGAUGCCCAAUUUCAUUGGAGCUUAUGUCCGAUCCAGUAACCGUCUCAACCGGUCAGACUUACGACCGCACAAGCAUCGAGUCAUGGAUCGCCACCGGAAACACCAGUUGUCCCGUCACGCGCCUCCCUCUCUCCGACUUCACUCUCAUCCCCAACCACACUCUCCGCCGCCUUAUCCAAGAAUGGUGCGUCGCCAACCGCUCCAACGGCGUCGAACGGAUUCCCACGCCGAAGCAGCCGGCGGAUCCGAUAUCCGUCCGGUCUCUCCUCAGCCAAGCUUCCGCAAUUUCGGGAGCUCACGUCUCCCCCCGCUCACGCGCCGCCGCGAUUCGCCGUCUGAGGGGACUGGCUAGGGACAGCGAGAAGAAUCGCGUUUUGAUCGCCGGUCAUAACGCGCGGGAGAUUCUCGUGAGGAUUCUGUUCGCUGACGUGGACGCUGGAGUCGAAACGUCGUCGUUUUCGGAGGUAGUUUCCGAGUCGCUCGCUCUUUUGGUUAUGUUUCAUAUGACGGAGGGAGAGUGCGAGUCUAUCUCCUCGGAUCCGGGUCGGGUCGGGUUUAUGACCCGGUUACUGUUCGAUUCCUCGAUUGAGAACCGGGUCAACGCCGCGGCGUUGGUAGAGAUGGUGUUGACCGGAUCCAAAUCUACGGAUCUGAAAGUGAUAAUCUCCGGGUCGGGUUCGGUAUUCGAAGGCGUGAUGGAUCUUUUAAGAAGUUCGGUUUCAUCUCGGAGAGCUUUAAAGAUUGGAAUCAAAGCGCUCUUCGCUCUCUGCCUUGUGAAACAAACGCGCCACCUUGCGAUCUCCGCCGGGGCUCCGGGGACUCUAAUCGACCGUUUGGCGGCGGACUUCGAUAGGUGCGACACGGAGAGGGGUUUAGCGACGGUGGAGCUUCUCUGCCGGAUCCCGGAAGGAUGCGCGGCGUUCAGAGAGCAUGCUCUGACGGUGCCGCUUCUUGUGAAGACGAUCUUGAGAGUGUCGGAUAGAGCGACGGAGUAUGCAGCGGGAGCGUUGCUGGCGUUAUGCACGGCGGAGGAGAAGUGUAGAGACGAGGCUGCGGCGGCGGGAUUGGUGAUGCAGUUGCUGCUUUUGGUGCAGAGUGAUUGUACGGAGAGAGCGAAGAGGAAAGCUCAGAUGCUUUUGAAACUUCUCAGAGAUUCUUGGCCGGACGAAACUGUUGUGAACUCCGACGAGUUCGGUCGUAGCGAAGUGGGGCCGUUUUGAUUUUUUUUUUUUUAGUUUUCUUUCAAACAGAGUAAUUUAUUAUUUUUGUUAGAGAUUUAAAGUAGUCUUGAUCAUGUAAUUAAUUUUUAAAACAAUUUUUUGUUUAACAAAAGUUCUUUUUCUUCUUAA